GACUCGAGAGCCUUUACAACAUGUGUCUAUAGCCUUGACCUCGACUUGGACUCCGACGAGCCGUGCUAUCUUUUCCGUCCGUUCACUCGAGGCCUCACCACCAUGAAGAUCCGCCGCUUCCCAGGCCUCGCACCCUCGCUUCGAGGACCAAGCCUCCUCCUACCGUCGAGAGGCACUGCCAUCGCUUUCACCCCUCUCGCGACCCACCGCCUCGCAGGCUCGCUUUCACAACGCCCUGACUCGAAAUACGUCCAGUUUCCCGGCGCCGUCAAAUCUGCCUUCACCAAUGCCCUCUCCUUCGAACAGCCCGCCUCGCACGAGGCCAUGCCCACCUACCGCGCCGUUGACCAGAACGGGCACGUCGUGGACUCCUCCUUUAAGCCCGACCUUUCCGACGAGGAGGUCAUCAAGCUCUACCGGCACAUGCUGCUAGUGUCUAUUAUGGACAUCAUCAUGUUCGAUUCCCAGCGCCAGGGCCGCAUCAGCUUUUACAUGGUAUCAGCUGGGGAGGAGGCCGUGACCGUCGGGUCCGCGAGCGCCCUGGCAAAGGAGGACGUUGUCUUCUGCCAGUAUCGUGAGCAGGGCGUCUUUGCACAAAGGGGUUUUACACCAAGAGAUUUCAUGAACCAGCUGUUUGCCAACAAGAAGGACCCGGGUAAGGGCAGGAACAUGCCUGUGCAUUAUGGAAGUAGGGAGUUGAACAUUCAUACCAUCUCGUCUCCCCUCGCAACGCAGAUCCCACAUGCCUCUGGUGCUGCGUACGCGCUCAAGAUGCAGCACCUACACAACCCCUCCUCCGUCCCACCCCGCGUAGCCGUUGUCUACUUUGGCGAGGGUGCCGCUUCCGAGGGUGACUUCCACGCAGCCCUGAACAUCGCCGCGACCAGGUCCUGCCCCGUCAUCUUCAUCUGCCGCAACAAUGGCUACAGCAUCUCCACCCCGGUGCUCGAGCAAUACCGCGGCGACGGGAUCGCCUCGAGGGGCGUGGGGUACGGUAUCGAGACGGUACGUGUGGACGGGAACGACAUAUGGGCGAUUCGUGAGGCCACCAAGCGGGCGAGGGAGAUGGCUCUGCAGGAUGGUGGCAGGCCCGUGCUGAUCGAGGCGUUGACAUAUCGUGUCGGCCACCAUAGCACGAGUGACGAUUCCUUUGCGUACCGUGCGAGGGUGGAGGUUGAGGAGUGGAAGAGGCGGGACAACCCGAUCUCGCGUCUGCGGAAAUGGAUGGAGGCCAAGGGGAUAUGGGAUGAGGCCAAGGAGAAGGAGGCCAGGGAGGGAAUCAGGAGAGAUCUGUUGAAGGCGUUCCAGGAGGCCGAGAAGGAAAAGAAGCCGCCCAUCAGGACCAUGUUUGAAGAUGUAUAUGAGGAGCUUACGCCAGAGAUCAAGGGUCAGAUGGCAGAGCUCAGGGACCUCAUUGAGAGGUACCCGGAUGAAUAUGAUGUGAAUGACUUUGAUGGUGGUAAAGAUAGUUUGAAAUAAAGAGUUUAUGACAUCCUGUGGUUGUCAUUCAUG